AUGGACCAGCCUCUUCUCCAGGAAUCUUCUCUACACGAAUCCGGGGACCCCAGAUUCAGUGACGAUGAAGAGGAGGAGGAAUAUUUAACAUGGGCGUCGUCCCCUCCAGAGACCGAUUCAGGGUAUUCCCUAGUCUCUCGCGCCAUGCUUUCGCUCAAGCAGACGAAGCCGAUCCGGCCACCCUCCGGCACUGAUCUUCUUCAGCCACGGCCAGGAAACACCACCUACCUCUACGCACUCACUGCCUUUGUGUCGCUUGGUGCGUUCCUGUUCGGCUACGACCAGGGAGUUAUGGGGGUUAUCGUUGCCGAUAAACGCUGGAUUGAUUUGAUGCAACCGAAGAACUCAUGGGUGACGGGCAUGGUGGUAUCUUUGUACGACAUUGGCUGCUUUAUCGGAGCUAUGUCACUUGGAUAUUUGGCCGAUCCCAUAGGCCGUGAGCGAACAUUAGCCGUUUCCUGUGUUGUUUUCAUCAUAGGCGCAGUGCUCCAGGCUGCGUCCUACUCCAUCACACAGAUUACUAUUGGCCGUGUGAUUUUGGGAUAUGGAGUGGGAGCCUGUGCCGGUGGCGUACCAUUGUAUGUUGCUGAGCUGUCACCACCAGCGAUCCGAGGCCGCAUUGUGGCCAUCGAACAGAUGAUUCUAUGCUUGGGAGAACUGGUUGCAUUCUGGCUCAAUUAUGGCUUUAACUUCCUUGAUAUCGAUGACUGGUGGCGCAUCCCCUUGGCUAUUCAGAUUCUGCCUGCUCUAAUUCUUGCCUUUGGUUGCUGGUUUUGGCUCCCCCCGAGUCCACGCUGGCUGGCCAGCCAAGACCGCCCCGACUGCGCGCGAGAAGUUCUGACCCGGCUACAUGGCUCGGAAGCCGCCGAGUUGGAAAUGCAGGAGAUCCAAAGCUCCAUCGAGUUUGAGCAGACAGUUAGCGAGGCCAGCUGGAAGGAUAUGUUCACCAGGCCCGUUCUGAGAGUGACGCUACUGGGAAUGGGGGUGCAAUUUUUGCAGCAAAUCACAGGGACCAACUCUAUUCUCUAUUACACGCCUUCCCUCUUCGAACGCGGCGGUAUCAAGGACCCUCGCACUGCGAACCUCGCCACUGGUGGCGUAGGGAUCGUGCUUUUCGUGACCUCAUGGAUUCCAAUCUUUUUCUUUGACCGACUAGGUCGAAAGACCUGGCUGCAAAUCGGAACCGUGGGCAUGAUGGCCGCAAUGAUCGGAAUCACCGUUCUCCAGUGGCACGCCGAGCAUCACCCCAAUGACCCGGCCAACUACACGAUCGUCGCAUUCCCAUAUAUGUUUUAUGUGUUCUUCAACAUCAGCUGGGGCGUGGGCUCGUGGACCUACGCCGCCGAGAUCUUCCCUGUAUCGAUGCGUGCCAAGGGAAAUGCCCUGACCACCGCAUCGCUGUGGGCCGCGUGCUAUAUCGUGGCCCAAGCGAGUCCGCCGAUUGCCGAUGCCAUUGGUUGGGGACUGUAUAUCAUCUACUCAGGGGUCUGCAUGGGGGCUUUCUUCUUCGUCCGAUAUGUAUUGGUCGAAACCCGUGGCCGCACCUUGGAGGAGAUGUCCCGGCUAUUUGGUAUUGAAAGCCGGUUGGCGGAACGGACUGGCCUCAGACCUGAUCCUCCUGGCAAAGGAUUGAUGGCAGAGGAUUUGGAGGAUGUGGGCUCGGCGGACUCUCUGAGGUAG